GCUGACGUUGUACGCUCGAGGUGACUUUCACACUACAUACAUGCGGGUGAAAAACGUCAGAAGAAUGGCAGACAAAUUUCUAGAACUGCAACAGCAGAUGCGGCACAAUCAGGAAGAUCUCAAAGAUUAUUUACGUGAUUUAGAUAACUGGGAGAAUAAUAUAAAGAAAAAAGAUGCUGAAUUACGCGCAGGAGACUCUUCAAAUCAGCAAAAGAAACUUCCUCCUGUUCGUAACCAAGGUGUUAAAGAGAAGCCUAAGCGAAGGAAGAAACAGUCUGAACCAAAGACAGAAGAAGAACCCAUGUCAGCCAAAAAGCCACAACGAAUUAACUCUUAUGAUUAUAGGAAAUGGGACCAGUUUGAUGUAGACAAAGCAUGUGCUGAGAUUGACAGUGGAGGAGAAGAAAAACAAGAAAGUUCAGAAUAUGAAACAGAUAGUGAUGCAGAAAGAGAGGAAAAUACAAGACAACAGAAAAUGAUGCAAGCUAACAUGGAGAAGGAAAAGGGCAAUGCAUACUUCAAGGAAGGCAAGUAUGAGGAGGCAUUGUUGUGUUACACAAGAGGAAUUGAAGCCGAUGUUACCAAUGCAAUCUUACCAGCUAAUAGUGCAAUGGCUUUAUUGAAACUUAAAAGGUUUGAAGAAGCAGAAUCUAACUGCAGUUUGUCAUUAUCGCUAGAUUGUACAUACGUCAAGGCUGUUGCUAGGCGUGCAUCUGCCAGACUAGCCCUAGGGAAACUUACUGAAGCUAAGAAAGACUUUGAACAAGUACUUGUCUUGGAGCCCUCAAACAAGCUUGCUGCAGCAGAAAUAAAAAAACUUGAUAAAUUACAGAAAGCAAAAGAAAAUGAGAAGACUUCUGCUCCGUCAAAUAUCAUCCAUGCUGUUCAGAAACCACAUCAUUUAAGAUCUAAGAAACCAUUGAAAAGAAUUGACAUAGAGGAGAUUGGAAUGAGGCAAGAGGAUACACAAGAAAACUUAUCUUCAUUUGUUGAAACAGAAACGCAGCCAAAUGACCUACAGGAAACUAUCAACAGAAUAGAAGUGUUACCAACAGACACUACAACAACGAAUGAGAAUCAACACAAAAUAUCUGAAACAUCACAAAACAUAAAUACAACACCAGUAAAGAAGGCAUCACAAGAUGGAACAGCUGCUGUGCCGGUAAUUGUUGAUCCUCCUACUGUACCUCCUCUGCCACAGUCUUCCUAUCAUCUUUUGUCUGAUUGGAAAAAACUUGAGAAACAUCCUACACAACUUGUUCAGUAUUUUAAACAAAUUGAUCCUGUUUCCUACCCAGCAUUGUUCAAACAGUCCAUGGAAUCUGAUAUUUUAUUCAAAAUCCUUCGGUUGUUACAAGAUCAUUAUGUUUCGUCAAAUGAACCGAUGUUUGCAGUAGUAAGCAACCUUACAACGGUCAAGAGAUUUGACAUGAAUGUCAUGUUCAUGUCAUCGGAAGAAAAGAAACUGGUGAAGAAUUUGUUAGAACAUAUUUCAAAGAAUGAGGAUAUCUGUGAAGCAGAAUUGGAAAGCAUUUCGAAGAAAUAUGGAUUAUGACAAGAUGAGUGAGGGCGCACUUUCAAGCAGUUAGCUAAUGAUAUUACUGUAUAUGAUAUCAAACAGAUCGUUUGAUAAGCUGAUAUUUAGCAUGUUUCUACCAAGUAUGACUAUUAUAUUUUGAUACCAGCAUCUCAGGGGUCCCAAGUCAUAUUCCUGAAGAAUCUGUCGUGUAGAUCUGACUGAGGUUGCGAUGUGUCUUCUAGCUGAAACGUGUGUACAACUUAGUACAAACUUAUCACCAUACUAUAAAAGCAAAGAGGCUUGGGCAGGUUUGGGUCACUCUUAAUAUGUCAUUGCCGCACAGAAUGUUCGAUAGAUCUUAUGUCAGCCUUAUUAAAAAAUGGGAAAAUGCAACUUA